CAAAGAAAUUAGGGAAGAACCCUGACAAAAAUCAUGAAAAGGGUUUUAGCAUCAUAGAGUCUGUAUGAACUUGUAAUCUGGAUUCACAAUCAUCAUCAUGUGUGAUUGCACUUCUUCUUUCUCUCCUUACUCUUGCAUCAGAUUUUCGCCAUCUUCAAUUCGUUCAAUCUCCUUUUUGGGGUCAUUUCAUUGGGCCACAAACAAACCCACAAAAUUUUCAUUGAAAAUUAGCCAAAAUUCUUACCCUUCAAGCUCAAGUUCAAGAUCAGAAGAACAUGAAUUUCCCGGUGAAUUGAAGUUUAAAGAGAGAGAACCAACAAAACCCGAGUUCGAAUUGAGUGGGAAUGGCGAUGAAGAGACAGAUUUCCUUCAAGUUGAUGGGAAUUUAAGGGAGAACGAAGCAGAAGAAGAGGAUAUGGUGAAAAUUACAGAGUCAGAAGAUGAUGUCGAUUUGAAAUUGGAGGAAUUGGAUGUUAAUAACAACAAUCAAUCGAAGGUUAUAAGGAAAGGGAAACAAUUGAUGAAAAGGUCGAAUGUAAUUGCAAAGCAAGUGAUAAGCAUCCAAUCUGCUCUUAGUUUGGGUUUCAUUUCACAGCUUUGGGUGGAUACUAACACUUGGAUGGUAGUGAUUGUAGAAGUGAGGCCAAAUCUACUAUCUGGAGAACUAGAAAGGUUCUUUUUGGAGGAUACAAGGCAGGUCGGCGACGUUGUGCUCAUACAGGAUGAGACUGUGAUGGACAACGAGUUUAAAAUGGUUGGACUAGAAACAUUGGUAGGAUAUAGUGUUGUGACACCAGGUCAGCGAGAUAUUGGGAAGGUGCGAGGGUAUACUUUCAAUAUAAACUCUGGUGUAAUAGAAUCUCUAGAGCUCGAUUCAUUUGGAAUAUCCAUCAUCCCAUCAAGUUUGGUAAGCACUUAUGAGUUGCUGGUUGAAGAUGUACUUGAAGUUGUAUCCGAUACAGUUGUGGUGCAUGAAGCUGCAGCCUCACGCAUACAACGGCUAACUAAGGGAUUCUGGGAUGGGCAGAGAGUGGGUUACUCAAUCGACAAUUACUCUGGUCUUGAAGGCCAAUCUGGAUACCGAAAGGGCAGAAGAAGGUCGGGUGUGAGUAGCCAGAAACCCCGGAAACGACCCGUUGAUGACACCGAAGAGGAGUGGGAUCUUCCUAUGGAUUAUCUAUGAAGCUUUCUUCUCUUUUAUUUUUUGGGAUGGUCAAGUUUAUUUUUGUUGUAAAUAGCAGUUGUCAUAGACCACAUACAUGUAUAAGAUAUUUUACCAUGUUCUACAACUGUUCUUAAGAAAUAAAUUGUUUGUAUAUUUAUUGGGAAGAGGCUGGAUCUACGUAUA